CGCCAUUGCCAGCACUACCAGAACUACCUAUCGAGUCCACUGGGAGCAGUGGCGAAAAUUCGCUCGGUACAUGAAGUGGUCGGAUGGCUCUCGACGGACGAGAAGGACAACAGCACUAAGCUUGGACUGUUUGCGAUAUACUGUUGGUGCUACGGAUGGCACACAAAACAACGUGGUAACCAGUACGGAACCAUUCAACUGAAGUUGCCCAGCAUUCGGUGGUACCACAAGACAUACGCAGGCACCAAAAUCAAACAUUCUCCAGAUUUCGACGUUCUCAUGCGCGGCAUUCAAAGGCUAUCGGAUCCGCUAUUAAAAAGGCACCAAAUUACACAGGCGUUUUACCGAUUACUUUCCAGGCGCCUCGACUUCACUCGGCCCCGCAGUCGCUUAUUGUGGGGAGCCGUCUUAUUGGCAUACUUUUUCCUACUGCGACGUUCGGAGUAUUUGCUAGUCGAGUCGGGUCGACAUGCGUUCUAUCUCAAGGUUUCCAACGCGUACUUUUCCAGUCGAGAGGGGGAACGCGUUCCCUACAAGAAGGCGGUGGCGGUUACGAUCGGAUUAGCGGGCGCAAAGAACGAUCAAUUUGGACGCGGAGCGUGGAGAACUAUGCAUGCCACAGGAGACAAGGUGUUCUGCUCCACGAAGGCCCUGCAUCAUUUACAGCAAGCCAGGAAGGAGCUUGGAUGCAGUUCUGCGAAGUACCUGUGUGUGAAUCUUACGGGGGAAGAAGUGACAUGGACAUUCAAGACCCUGGCGUUGAACGUAGGCGUUUCACCCGAUAAGUAUGCAACCCACUCGGUUCGCAUCGGAGGCGCAUCGGCGCUGCUCAGUGGAGAAGCGGAUAGCCUGGAAAUUAAUCUAUUGGGUCGUUGGAUGAGCCACAGCUACGAGGACUAUCCGGUACUCGCACCAGAUUCGGCCAGAGGACUAUCGCGACGCAUGAUUUAG